CCGCGUCCGUCGCUGUGUUAUAAGGAGUCUGCUUUGGCAUACGAUCCGAUUAUAAGCCCUUUACUGAAUACAUGUUGAUUGGUACUUCUUAGAUAUAGCCUGUACCUUCUGUACCCAUGCCAUGCCUACAUACUCACUCCCUGGCUUCUGAAUCGGAGCUCUCCUGUCUCAGGAUCACGAGGCCUUAGGGAGACGCCUUACUGCCCUUAGUGACGUCCCUACUUCUGUGCGAUCCGUUGCUGUAGCGUACUGGCAACACUAGUGCAGGAUCUAGGAGAUAUCUCUGUCAGAAGAGCUAGAGAUACAGUGACCCCCUCUGCGGUCUCAGACAAGGACAGCAGCCAGUAGCUAGGAGUGGCGGUCGCGCUCAGGUCACGUAUUUAGCGUGGUACAUCGGGGAUAGUGGGGCUGCUUGGACUAGGAGAUAGAGCGUGUGCGAGCAGCUAGCGCUUAUCUGCAACCUCCACACCAGGUCUCAGUUGGCAAAGUGGUUCUGCGAGAGCGUAUCCCCGUCUGGGUUGUUCUCAGUCGGAUGAUAGCCAGCCUUGGCAGAGUGGGGCUUAGUCACAAAGAUUCAGAUAACAUUACCGCCGUGCUUUGCUACAUGUUGUAGAGCUAGCAGUCGACUAGUCAGCAUAGUCAGCAUAGUCAGGAUAGUCGCUGUAGGGCCAAGGGUCAACCUCUUCUAGCUCACAGUUACAACACUGUGAAUUCGUCUUCUUCAACCGAUUGCGGAGGGUCCUAGUUGGUGGUGGGAUCGCCUCGCUGGUGACAAUUUCAGGCCAAGAAGUUUGAAUACUACAUUGUACGGAGUGUGGAGCAGUACUAAUACUGCAGCGUAGGAUGGAGCAAGCUCAGCAUGUCUGCAGGUCUUUCUUGCUGCUGACGACCAUGGUGGUGGUGGCACUGAUGCCGGAACUUAGUAGUAGUGCUGAUGUUCCAGAGACAACGGAGGAAACCAUCGGCAGGAUUUCCCAGACCGGCUUCCUUAGCCAGUGGCGGGUUCCUUUCCAGGCCAAAGUCGCGCUGAGCGAGAUCAACGAUCCGCCAGGACAAGAUUUCUCGCUGCACGACUUGGUGCGUACCGCUAACGACACCGAUGACGCCCAGUUGAACGCACUUGGUCUCAGUCGUGAGCAGCAGGCAUGGGCGAAGAACAACACAUUGCUCGUAGGACCAGUGGCUGACGGUGCAGUUCUUGGUUUGAGAGAAUGUCAUCGGAGAUUCAAGUACGAACGAUGGAAUUGCCCCAUACACAGAUCGGAGACCUUUCAGAAAGUCUUCAUGAUUGGUGGUCGCGAGGCUGCCUUCCUCUACGCAAUUCAGGCAGCGGGAAUAUCUCUGGCAGUGGCACGGACAUGCAGCAAAGGCAAAACGGGUGGAUCAUGUGGCUGUGAUAAAAUCUGGAAGCAGGGUGGUGGUUCAGACAUCAAACCCAAUGCAAGUUGGUCGUGGGGAGCUUGCAGCGACAACAUACACUUUGCACACACGCAAACGCUGAACCUACUGGCUGGCCCCAACGAGGAGAAUGGCGACAGAGCACAUCAACAAAUGAUGGAACGUCAUAAUUACAGAAUGGGUCUGGAGAUUGCCAAGGACAGGAUGCAGUUCCUGUGCAAAUGUCAUGGCCUGACAGGAAGCUGCGUACACAAGACCUGCUGGUUCUCCGUGUCCAAGAUUCAAAUCAUCGGUCGUGCACUCAUGAGACGGUACGGUAGAUCCAUAAAGGUGGCCCCGGAUAGCGCAAAGCAGAAGUUGGUACCGCAGGACACGGAGCGGAAAGUUGAUAUCAAGGAUUCGCUACACCUGCACCAGUCACCGUCCUACUGUGAUAGAGAUCCGGUGGUUGGUUCGCUGGGAACUGCUGGCCGAGAGUGCGGACAACGUCGCGUCAAGCAGAGCAUCUGUCCGACUCUGUGCUGCGAUCGCGGUUCAAUGCCGAGGCGUGCUGUGCUGCAUAAACAGUGCAACUGCAGGUUUGAGUGGUGCUGUAGGGUGAGAUGCGAUACGUGCGAAGAAGUGGAGGAAACCUACAAAUGCAAGAGAUGAUCCUGGUCAAUUAUCAACAAACUUGCCAUGAUGGAAGCCGAAGUAAUUUCCAUCAUACAUCCCCAGCAGUACAAAAAGAACAUUAUUCAAUAUCCGUAUAUGGAUCGUGGACCGUGAGAUAAGACUUGUGAAGCCUGUCUGUUCAAACAACCAUGCGUGACUGUCUGUUUACAUGCAUCAGAAGCUCCUGCGCUUGGAUUUGGUUGAACAAUUGAGUAUAAGUAGUGUAGUAUCGAAAGUAUCAAUUCCUAAGAUAAAUAUGUCACAGUAGCAGUAACCCGUACUUGUCCACAAUACCUUCUAUAUACUCUUUACAAACACAAUUUGAGAAUGUUUCAGGAGCCUCUCGCCAUUCUGUGCGCAACAUAAUUCAAUUCUAUCACCGCCAUUUUCCCUGCUCACCGCAUGUAUAAUGAUAUUAUUAUAAUUAUUAUCACGCCUUUUUUUUAAAGAACUUCAGAUCUUUGCCAGUUUUGUACAAACAUAAUGGCAUCACUCUAUAGUAUA